GCGUCAUCGAAAACAAUAGGCUUCGUUUCAUGUUUCAUUGCGCUGGGUGGAAAUGGACCCCGGAGAUCUAGACGCAUGAAGUCAUGAACAGCCUCUGGAUGCAAGGCUCGUCGAUCUGGUGCAAUGGGCCAAUCUGCGAUGGUCCCCGAGUCGGGGUCUCGCGGGAUUGGAUCCUGAGGAUCCAAAUCUCGGGGUUCAGAUCCCUCUGGCUGUAGUGGAUGUCUUCAUUUUCCAUGAACGCCCCCUCGCUCUUGCCUCGUCUUCAUAUAAUUGAUGGAAAUGUCGUCAGCUGUGGCCCCUGGAUCCGGCAAAAUGAUUCAGUCUCUUUCAAGAUCAUGCAGGAUUCCGGCAAACCCUCAGCACUCGCCUGUGUACCAUGUCGGCGCCGCCAUCUGAAAUGCGAUGCACGCAUGCCAAUCUGUACUCGGUGCCAGAAUAAUCAUCAUGACUGUCGAUAUGUUCGAUCUCGCCGGGGCCUGCGGAGUAACAAGGCGGGCAAUCAACCGACAGCGGAAGAGGAAGCCGAUGCUCUCUUUUCGUCGAACAUCAUGAACUGGCUCGAUGCUUCAUUUUUAGAUUCAGAUUCGCUCCUCGACAUUCCAGACCUCAGUCUUGAUAUUUUUCAUCAACAAGACCCAGCCCCGCCGUCACCGACGCCGGCACAUGUUCCUCAUGGCGAGGACAUCACGCAUGAUGCGAUGAUUCAACUCUAUUACCACCACUUCCAUAGAUCACAUCCCGUACUUUUACCAAGACGGGCGCUGGCAUCGUCCGUCGCACAGCAUGUGCCCGACUUUAUUCCGCACAUCAUGCGCUACAUUGGCAGUCAUUAUACUGCGACCCCAACCCUCAAAGACGGCUACUAUCAACCCGCCUACACCGCUCUGACCGCCACCAAAGAUGGCUUUCACGUCCAAGGCCUACUGCUCCUCAGCAUCCUGGAGCAUUCGCAUGGUCGUGAAGAGGCCGCAAGACGACUUCUCCGGGAGGCCAUUCAAGUCGCUUACAGCAUCGGCAUGCACACCCAGGGGUUCGCCCGGGAGAACUCCCGCGGUUACCCCGUGUUGGAGGAGAGCUGGCGACGGACCUGGUGGGAACUCUACGUCACAGAAGGACUCAUGGCUGCAAUGGGGUCAGGGCAAUGUGAAGUCCUCUCGUCGGGGUGGGAGGAUUCCGAUGUGUGGCUCGCAUCACCAGAAGCGACAUGCAACGAAGCAGGAGGGAGUAGCAGCGAUACAAAUCCUGAACCUCUGACCCUGUCCUCUCUGUCAGACUGGCCGUCUGGCCGAACCUCUUCCGCUUCGCGCAUCCACGCUGUACAAUACCUUCGAGCUGUGCUCGAGCUCAACCAAUCCCUCGAGCCUCCAACCGAGACGCAGACUGAAACGCUCGAUGCGCGACUUGUCUCGCUGCUCAUGCGGCUAUCGCUAACUUCGUCCAUAAACGACGCAUCUACAAUCGACGAAAUGGACUUUCAAGCCCUAAUGAUCACUUACUUAAGCCUAAUUCACCUUCACCACCCCCAUUCAACCAUCCGCUUCGCCUCCUAUCAAUGUCCCGCCACCUCUAACUCGACCACCGCCACAUCCUCCUGCACAAAACUCCGCGUCCUCAGCCCCCCAACAUCAUCAUCAUCAAAAACAACAACCACAACAACAACAGCAGCAGCAGCAACUCCGACCACCGCCCCGCAGCAUCACUCUCUGAACAUCCACGCCCAGAAAAUGCUCCGAGCCGCUGAUCUCAUCUCCAACCUCGCCACCCUCCCCAGCUCCGUCCAAUCCCGCACUCCGUUUUACACCUGCGCCCUUGCGCUCGCCAUUGUCGUGCACACCGCAACCUUUACGAUGCUGGCGUCAUCGCCUUCGCCAUCGUCACCGCCCGCAUUAUCGUCACCCACCAAAGGAGGAGUAGUAGGAGGAAGCUCGGCCAAGGAUGACGCCCUGAAAGCGCGCAUCGAGCUUGGUGUCGGCGCCCUGCAGGUCCUUGGCCGCGUCUGGCCGCUCGCGAAACAAGUGAGGGGGGAGAUGGUCGAGUUAUAUCGCGGGAGGUGAUGCAGCUUUCCCACCAUGCUCGCUGUGCUUGCCGCCUUAGCUUUUAGAUAUAGUAUAUAUUCACAACCCUGAAAUAUGUUAGUCCGAGGUCACUGGGCACGCCUGGCUCAUCCCGCGGGCUCACUAUUUCUUUUCAUCGGGUGGUGAUUUGACGGCUGGCUAAUGAUUUUCCUGAUCUUUGCAUUGCACAAAGCGAUCUGUAUUUGUUCGCAUUAUAUACGAAGUCUCAUCAGGUUCUAUAGUCAUUGGUCAAGAGUAGAAUUAAUAUGGGAAAUGUUUAGGUGUAAA